ACUUUUUUAGAAACAUUGGUGCUUUUGGCGACAAACGAUGUUUUUGGCGACAGUCGAUGUUUUUGUCACAUUACCAAUUUUAGAGAAACGGUGCGGAAGGGAAAAAUGCACAACGCAGAUGGAGCCUACACCACCAGUUGAACCCGGCCCUUCCCAGGAUUCUUCAUUCCUUGAUUCAAAAUUAAAAGCGAUGAUUAAUUCACCGCUAGCCGACGCUGUGAUCCUACUAAGCCUGAAGCAUGCGACCCACUAUAAUAUUGGAAGACGAGUGCAGAUAUCUAGGAAUCACUUAAGCAGGUUGCAUGUACAUAAAUGGAUUUCCUGUGAGUCCAAGAGGUGCUAUAGUAAAGCUGUACAGAUACUGCCGGAUCGCCGCGCAAGACUGAAGCCGAAAGUCGUAGACAUUGUAAUGUUUAUUAACAAAAAUGAAAAUAUAUUUCCGUAACUUAGAUCACAUAUAAUACCAUAA